AUGACCGAAGACGCCCAUUCAAUACGCUCCUCACAGGGGUCGUCGAGACGUCCGCCCAAGAAUCCCCAGCAGCAGCUUUCGCAGAUCGAGAAAUCCGUCACCCACCUGCUGGUCGCUACCAAGCAGCUCCUUGAGACGUUGACGCUAUGGUCACGCGGGACCGCCACCGAGAGCGAGGUGUCGGACGUAUACGUGCGCCUAGGAUACGAAUUCAACAUUGCCUCGCGCGCCUUCAACGCCAUCGGCGUCGACACUACAGACCUUGGAAAUGUGCCCGAGUUGCUACGUGGGAUACUGGAGGAGACGCUCAGCCAGGAAGCAACCCAAGUAAGCCUCGACAACUUCCUACCACGGAUACGCGACAUCAUCAUAAAUCUAUUACACGGCUUGAAGAAGAAACAGCAGCGGUUACGCCAGCGUACAGGACGUGAUGGGGGGCUCAACGGCAGCAGUCCACGCCAAGGCAGCGUGGGCAGUACUGGAGAAGUGGAGGAUGCACAGCAGUCACGCUCAGCAAGCACAAGAUUGCCAGCACGGGGGGAGAGCACAGAAUUCGGCCCAGACCUUCCGCCACGAUCAUCGUCAGUAGCCGGCACCGGCAGAGCCUCCCCAAGCAAGUACGAUUCGCUUCCGUCGAACCCAAAGGCCAACCGCUCCACCGCUGGGAGCCAACUAUCCACAGAGUCUUCCAUGUCAAGCUUGACCGCCCAGAACAUGCCCGUAAUGGCUCCAUAUCCGGCAGACGAUUCCAUGCCCAUGACCCCAGAACCUGUGCAGCCUAAUUAUGCCGUCGAUUUCCCACCACCGCCGCCUCCACCAAAACACGAAGACGCACUGGCUGCAUUGCAAAGAGGGGGUGAUUUGGAGCGCAGAGCCUCACGACGAUAUUCCGCGUACCAGAUACAGAAGCACCUUGGAACCAACGGCAUACCGCUGCCACCGGUACAAAACUCUCCCAUACCGAACCGGGGUAGGGAUGUGCGAGAGUCGAUGAACGCAGUCCGAACAAGGGCGUCGAUGAUGCACACGAGGCAGCGAUCACAACAGCAAAGACCUGCGGUAGACACCACGUUUGACAAGGCAACCGAUGGGUCGAGACGCAUUUCAGAAGAAAGUGCCCAAAGUUCGGUACCGAGCAUCCUACCACCAAAUGAACCCGAUCCCGAGGAUAGUCCAAUGCAAAAAACGCCCGACGACAAGCUUGCAGCACCAAGGUUUCCAGAAGUAGAUCAUCCCAUGACCGCAGCUACGCUCAGUGGACCAUUAGCUGAGCCGGCCGAGCUCGCAGCAGAGUCGCCAGUCAAGGAACCGCAAAAGUCAGCCUCUCUACCCACCCGAAAUGGAUCUCGAAGAGCGAAAUCACCAUCUCCACAGCCCCCGCAAUUUAUUCCUGAUCAAUCACCCCAACCCGGAAAAGAACUCACGUUGUUCCUGCAGUACAAGAGCAAAAUCAAGAAGUACGUGUUUGCGGAUGGAUUUGAUCUCACCCCUGGACGACUCCAAUUAGCAUUCAUCGAGAAAUUCACUUGGGACACCCAUCGCAAUGGCGAGUUGCCAGAGAUACACAUCCAGGACCCCGUCUCAGGUGUUCGUUACGAGUUGGAAGAUAUCAACGAUAUCAAAGAUCGGUCGGUGCUUGUUCUGAAUGUUGAACAUCUCGACGAAGUGAAGAGCCACAUAGACGACAAGUUUGGUGGGCUCAGUCGCCUGGUAGAGAGUAUAAAGACGGUGGUUGAAGAUCAGCAGUCAGCCAUACAGCGUGUUGCCGAACGCCAACAACAAACAGCAAGAGAGCUUGCUGGUAUUGCCACAGCACCGACUUUGUCAUCAGCGCGCAACUCUGCACUGCUACCGUCUCGCUCACUUCCGACUGGAGCACCGUCCGAGGGAAACGUGAGCUCGGCUGCCUCACUCAGCGAAGUUCAGUCGUUGCGUCGCGAUCUUGCUGUGGUCCGUCAAACCUACUCUUCUUUUGUUUCUGAUAUCCAGGCCAGUAUGUCAACCAUUCGCACAAAGGCAAAUGCUGUCAAAUCCACGGCUGUCAAAGCCGCCUUGCCUACUCUUGACGGUGAUACCGGUCGUGCGUACAUCAACACCGGCAAGAAGGCGCUUCAAGACGACUCUGAGAAGAUUGUGAAUCGGGUGGACGACUUACAGGAUCUCGUCGAGGAUCUCCGCAAAGAUGUCGUCCUGCGAGGUGUACGGCCGCUGCCUCGUCAACUGGAGAUUACAGCGAAGGAUCUUUCCAUCGCAACUGCGGAGCUCAAGAAGCUGCAAGACUUAUUGUCAAAGGAGAAGCCCCUUUGGACCAAGAUCUGGGAACAGGAACUACAGACUGUGUGCGAAGAGCGAGAUUUACUCACUAUGCAAGAAGAGCUUGCGGCUGAUCUGCAAGACGAUCUCGAGAAGGCUGCCCAAACGCUGGAGCUCGUCGAACAGGCUACCAAACAGCAGAAUCUCGAAAAUGAGAAAGAGACAGGCAAGGGGAUGCGCUCGGCUAGUGGCCGGAAUGUUAUCAAUGCAGCAUCCUAUGACAAAGUCGUGGACCCACGCGAGGCUCGCGAUGGCGUUCUAGGAGAAGUCAAAGCGCUGCAGCCGAACCACGAGAGCAGGCUGGAGGCUAUUGAACGUGCAGAGAAGGCCCGGCAACGCGAUCUCGCAACAAGGAAUGAUGACGCCUUCAAGCGAGAGCUCGGUGAUUUUGUCGAAGAAGGCAAGCUCAAGAAGAGUGGUGGUGUAGAGGAAGCCGAACGCCUUCGAAAAGCAAAAGAUGAACGAGCCCGCAAGGAGAACUUUGAAAGAGAGGCAGCCAGACAGAAAGCCAAGGCUGAGAAAGCAGAGAGAGAGGCUGCCGCUGCUGCCGCUGCCUUAGCCGCUGCCGCUACCAAUGGAGACGGCGAUGAAGCAACGGCAGAAGGGGAAGCACCCGAGGAGAAUGCCGAAGAAGCUAAAGAGGAUGAAGGUGGUGCUAACCCCGCCUAA